CUGCACAGGAGUUGGCUUUUACCCUGGAAGAGAGACAGCAGUUGGACAUUCAUGGAUUGCUGCCACCUUGCUUCAUUAGUCAGGAGCUCCAGGUCCUCAGAGUAGUUAAAAAUUUUGAGCGUCUGAACUCUGACUUUGACAGGUAUCUUCUCUUAAUGGAUCUUCAAGAUAGAAAUGAAAAGCUCUUUUACAGCGUUCUAAUGUCUGACAUUGAGAAAUUCAUGCCCAUUGUUUAUACUCCCACCGUGGGUCUGGCUUGCCAACAAUACAGCUUAGCAUUUCGGAAGCCAAGGGGUCUCUUUAUCAGCAUCCACGAUCGAGGGCAUAUUGCCUCAAUUCUUAAUGUGUGGCCAGAAGAUGUCAUCAAGGCCAUUGUGGUGACUGAUGGAGAACGUAUUCUUGGCCUGGGAGACCUUGGCUGUAAUGGAAUGGGCAUCCCUGUGGGUAAAUUGGCUCUGUAUUCGGCGUGUGGAGGGAUGAACCCUCAAGAAUGUCUGCCUGUCAUGCUGGAUGUAGGAACAGAAAAUGAGGAGCUACUUAAAGAUCCGUUCUACAUUGGACUUCGGCAGAGAAGAAUAAGAGGUUCUGAAUAUGAUGAUUUCUUGGAUGAAUUCAUGAUGGCCGUUUCUUCCAAGUAUGGCAUAAAUUGCCUUAUUCAGUUUGAAGAUUUUGCCAAUACGAAUGCAUUUCGUCUCCUGAACAAGUACCGAAACCAGUAUUGCACAUUCAAUGAUGAUAUUCAAGGAACAGCAUCUGUUGCAGUUGCAGGUCUUCUUGCAGCUCUUCGAAUAACCAAGAAUAAGCUGUCUGACCAAACAGUACUAUUCCAAGGAGCUGGAGAGGCUGCCUUAGGUAUUGCACACCUGAUUGUUAUGGCCAUGGAAAAAGAAGGUUUACCAAAGGAGAAAGCCAUCAAAAAGAUAUGGCUGGUUGACUCAAAAGGAUUGAUAGUUAAGGGACGUGCUUCCUUAACACGAGAGAAAGAGGAGUUUGCCCAUGAACAUGAAGAAAUGAAGAACCUAGAAGCCAUUGUCCAAAAAAUAAAACCAACUGCCCUCAUAGGAGUUGCUGCAAUCGGUGGUGCAUUCUCAGAACAAAUUCUCAAAGAUAUGGCUGCCUUCAAUGAACGGCCUAUUAUUUUUGCUUUGAGCAAUCCGACCAGCAAAGCAGAAUGUUCUGCAGAGCAGUGCUAUAAAGUAACUAAGGGACGUGCAAUUUUUGCCAGUGGCAGUCCUUUUGAUCCAGUCACUCUUCCAAAUGGACGGACCCUGUAUCCUGGCCAAGGCAACAAUUCCUAUGUGUUCCCUGGAGUUGCUCUUGGUGUUGUGGCGUGUGGAUUGAGGCACAUCACAGAUACGAUUUUUCUCACUACUGCUGAGGUUAUAGCUCAGCAGGUGUCAGAUAAACACCUGGAAGAGGGCCGGCUUUAUCCUCCCUUGAAUACCAUUAGAGAUGUGUCCCUGAAAAUUGCAGAAAAGAUUGUGAAAGACGCAUACCAAGAAAAGACAGCCACCGUUUAUCCUGAACCACAAAACAAGGAAGCGUUUGUCCGCUCUCAGAUGUAUAGCACGGAUUAUGACCAGAUUCUACCUGAUCGUUAUGCUUGGCCCGAAGAGGCCCAGAAAAUACAGACCAAAGUUGACCAGUAAGAAAAUAGCCAGCAUUUCUAACUCUGUUCAAGGUCUUGCGCUCUUUCAUAAGUUUUAGAGGUUGGAAUCUUUUAUAAUGAUUUCAUAAUAUGCUUAGAUUAGGAUAACUUUAACAUUCUAAAAAUUUAUGGAAGAAUAUUGAUAUAAAUUAGGGCAAACAUCACAUUAGACAAUUUUGCUUCAUUUGCCUUCUGGUUAUUUAUGGUUUCUAUCUUAAUGAUUCUGCCUAAGUUCUCUUUAAAAGCUGUUGUACCUACUACUGAGAAACUCAUUGUUUUUAUAUAGGAAACCAAUUGGAAGACCAAAAUUAGUAAUAAAUUGAUAUGAUCAACAUUAAAACCCAUACUUCCUUUGUUGACCACUUUGUUAAAAUUUACUUUUUAAAAUAAAUGUAGAAAUUAAUUCAGGCAUAGCUGAACUUUUGCUAAACAGAAAUAACACUACUUUGUUGCCUAGAGAGUGAUAACUUCUCAGGUAUUUUUAUUCCAGUACUAGAUUAUAUUUGUUAUUUUGGGGCAAAUGAAUUCUAACAUUUCUAAGAAAGAUCACUGCUGUUUACAAUGCCUUGUGCAGCCUUAGAUUUUAAUAUUCUUUUGUCGUUAUUACAUCUUAUAGAGCAAAGCUGUUACCACCUUGGUUCUCAGCCAGAAAUCCCUCCUGAAAGCGCCUUUAUUUCCCCCUGACCGAAUGGCCUAUCCUUUAGCCACCAUGCUGUUGCUACUGGCACGUGGCCUGUGGCCCCUGUCCAGAGGUGGGUGCCUUCGGUUCGGCACAGCCUGAGCAGGGAGAAGGGCUGAGAGCUUGCAGUGCAGGUCCUGAGAAACCGUGCUCUUGAGACAAGGAUUUUGGGAUUCAGAAGACCAUGGUUCCCAGACAAGCAAGGUUCCUACUUGAGAGACCUGCCAUAGUGGCUCCUUGAUUAGCUCAGGUAACACAGCUCACUGUGUUAUAAUAACCUCACUUUCUUCUGAGUUUGGAGAAAGUUUUAUAACUUCAUUCCAAGUGUCAGAAGUUAUCUUUACAUCAGAUAUUAAAAUAUUCUAAUUACCAAGACCAUUCUAUUAGAAAAAAUAGUUACAUCUUCAGAUUGGAUUAAUUUGCUUUAGACAUUAGUGUUAGAACUCUCAUGUGCAAUAACAUUUGCUAUUUAUUUGUAGAAUUUCUGUUUUUGAAGUAAUGCUUUAAAAGAGUAUAAGAAGAUGUUCAAGAUAAACUAUUCCAUAAAACGAUUUUAUAGACGGUUGAGGGUGACACACAUUGUUUUAGGUAUGAGCAGAAGGGGGUUGGGGCAUUUCUGAAGCUGACGUAUAGUCAAGAGUUUUCUCAAUCUAGUUAUUUGGCAAAUAUUCAGAAUGUCUAUCUAUUUCUUUUCAGUUUCUGUGGUUGUCUUAUAGCUCUAACUAAAUGUAUUUACCUAUGCAAAAGAUUUAUUAACGCGUAGAAAAAGCGAAUGAAUAAAAUUAUAAAAUAA